UGGAGGUGUGAAGGGUCCCUCUUCCCCUGAGUACACUGUGGGCUCAGGACGCUAACUGGGCUGGGAUCUCAUUGCAGAGAUGAAGCUGCUCCCGGCCCUCACAGGGCUCCUGGCCGUUUUGGCCAUGUCCCGGCUCUCUGAAGGUAACACUCCAGCUGUCCUGAGGGAGGUGGAGACCUCAGUGGUGCUGACCUGCAUGGAAGAAGCCAAGAGGCUAGUGGACAAGGCCUAUAAGGAUCGUCGGGAAAGCAUCAAGCAGCGGCUCCGCAGUGGCUCCGCCAGCCCUAUGGAACUCCUGUCCUACUUCAAGCAGCCAGUGGCAGCCACCAGGACAGCUGUGAGAGCUGCAGACUACCUGCACGUGGCCUUAGGCCUGCUGGAGAGGAAGCUACAGCCCCUGUGGCGGGCGCCCUUCAAUGUCACUGAUGUCCUGACGCCAGCCCAGCUGAAUCUGCUGUCCAAGUCCAGCGGCUGCGCCUAUCAGGACGUGAGGGUGAGGUGCCCCGAGCAGGACAAGUACCGCACCAUCACCGGGGAAUGCAACAACAGACGCAGCCCCACGCUGGGCGCCUCCAACCGCGCCUUUGCACGCUGGCUGCCGGCGGAGUACGAGGACGGCUUCUCGCUGCCCUUCGGCUGGACGCCCGGGGUGAAGCGCAGCGGCUUCGCGGUGCCCCUGGCUCGCGCAGUCUCCAACGCGAUCGUGCGCUUCCCCACGGAGAGAGCUCGGAGUCCCAAAGGUCGGGGGUUGCUGGUAGAACCCCAGGCCAUGUUCCCAAUGGGCCCUGAGAGGCCUCUCUGCAGGUUGAUGGGGCCGGGAGUCUUAAGGGUAGGGGACAACUACUCCUGCCCUCCCUGCCUCUGCCCGUGGAGAGCUGUCUAACUUCUCUCUAUGCUGCAGAUCCCACCCAACGACCCCCGUAUCAAGAACCAACGUGACUGCAUCCCCUUCUUCCGCUCCUGCCCAGCCUGCACUGGCAGCAACAUCACCAUUCGCAACCAGAUCAACGCGCUCACCUCCUUCCUGGACGCCAGCAUGGUGUACGGCAGCGAGGACCCCUUGGCCCUAAAGCUGCGUAACCAAACCAACCAGCUGGGGCUGCUGGCAGUCAACACCCGCUUCCAAGACAACGGCCGGGCCUUGAUGCCCUUCGACAACCUGCACGAUGAUCCCUGCCUCCUCACCAACCGCUCUGCACGUAUCCCCUGCUUCCUGGCAGGGGACACUCGCUCCAGUGAGAUGCCCGAGCUCACCUCCAUGCACACCCUCUUUGUGCGAGAACACAACCGGCUGGCCACACAGCUUAAGCGCCUGAAUCCCCGCUGGAAUGGAGACAGGUUGUACCAGGAAGCCCGGAAGAUUGUGGGGGCCAUGAUCCAGAUCAUCACUUACCGGGACUACCUGCCCCUGGUGCUGGGGCCAGAGGCCAUGAGGAAGUACCUGCCCACGUACCGCUGCUACAAUGACUCAGUGGACCCGCGCAUUGCCAAUGUCUUCACCAAUGCCUUCCGCUAUGGCCACACGCUCAUCCAGCCCUUCAUGUUCCGCCUGAACAGUCAGUACCAGCCCAUGCAGCCCAACCCUCGCGUCCCACUCAGCAAGGUCUUUUUUGCAUCUUGGAGGGUAGUGCUGGAAGGUGGCAUUGACCCCAUCUUGCGUGGCCUCAUGGCCACCCCUGCCAAGCUGAAUCGCCAGAACCAAAUUGUGGUGGAUGAGAUCCGGGAGCGGUUGUUUGAGCAGGUCAUGAGGAUUGGGCUAGAUCUGCCCGCUCUGAACAUGCAGCGCAGCAGGGACCACGGCCUCCCAGGGUAUAAUGCCUGGAGGCGCUUCUGCGGCCUCCCAGAGCCCAACACAGUGGGCGAGUUGGGCACGGUGCUGAAGAACUUGGACCUGGCAAGGAAGCUGAUGGAGCAGUAUGGCACACCCAACAACAUCGACAUCUGGAUGGGCGGUGUGGCUGAGCCCCUGGAGAAGAACGGCCGCGUGGGCAAGCUCCUUGCCUGCAUUAUUGGCACCCAGUUCAGGAAGCUCCGGGAUGGUGAUCGAUUUUGGUGGGAGAACAAGGAUGUGUUCAGCACCCAGCAGCGGAUGGCUCUGGCCAAGAUCUCCUUGCCUCGCAUCAUCUGUGACAACACAGGCAUCACCACCGUGUCCAAGAACAACAUCUUCAUGUCCAAUUCAUUCCCCCGGGACUUUGUCAACUGCAGUACACUCCCUGCGUUGGACCUGGCCGCCUGGAGGGACAGGGCCUAGAAUCUGGGAGCCCGCCGGGAGAGGAACUGGCCUAUCGACCUUUCUGUAUUAUUCGUUUGUACCUGAUGUUACAAUAAUAAAGCACUGCUGAUGGGGA